CUGUAAUGAUACAGAACCAUUUAUAAACCAUCGAAUGGUUCUAUCUGACGUGUUCAAGUUCAAUAUUUCUUUUUCCAAAAGAAAAAAGAAUAAUAAUUAUUCCAACUUUUGAAAUUUUCUAAACGCACCCCAACGUUAAGUCCUAUAUUGUUUGUGUCUUCUCUCUUUUCCAAGUUCACAACACCAAUCAGGAAUUGGCUAGAAGGAAGAAUCUCACACUCUUUAUUUUGUGUUCUUGAUCAACAAAGAAGGAAGUUUUUUAUCUGGGUUCCUCGGAUUUUGUAAAGGUAAGGAAUCUGAUGCUCAAUUUUCACUGGGCUUGUUAUUAUCUAUUUAAUUUAGAUGACCAUCUUGCACUAUAUUGUGUUUGAAACCAUGAUGAUUUUUCUGGAUUUGAAGCUAUAAGUCCUUCGUUUUGGUCGAAUGUUAUGCCUAUCUUUGUUGUCUGAAGUGUGCCAGAACAUGCGAUCAUUGCAGAAAUUGGUCUUAGUUUUGGGUUCGGUAAAUUGGCAACAUAAAAGUUUUUUGGCUUUUUGAUUGCCUCUAAAAUGCUUAUGAAAAGUCCUGAGGAGAAAUCCAAAGCUGAAAUUAUAAAUGAAAUAGCUCUCAGCGAGACUCUUUUUUGGUUAGCUAGUGGUUCUUCUGGCUUUUGUGAAACAGUGAACCUUGGUGCCUUAUAUUUCCUCAAAUUGUAAAACUAUGCAUAUCACUCGUUUGCAUCUUUAAGAAUUAUGCCAUUGAACUUGAUGCCUUUGUUUGAUACUCUGUUUGUCCCAUUGGAGUUAAAAGUCAUUGUAGCAUUCUUUGCUAUGAAGUUGGUUUGAUGCUAAUAAUGAUUUGUAGGUUGGUUUCACUUAUGUUUAUAUAUGCCCAAUGAACUGCUAUAGGCAAACUGCAAAUUGGAAUAUUCUUUGGCAUAUUAGUUACUGGUUAUUGUUGAAGUUGCUCUCUUGUCUUGUAUUGGCUUAAGUUGGGAGUGUUUGUUGGGUUCGCUGUUAUCUUAAAACAAACACAGACAAUCUAUUCUGAUAAUUUUGUUUGUCAAACAUAGGCUGCUGGUUCCUUCAAUUUCCCAUUAGGCUUCAAAGGAUCAUAAAUCUUUGUUUUCUUUUUUCUCUCCCAUGAAACUCCAAAAUUUCAUGAUCAAAUCUCUUCCCCAGCAUUCUUCUCGUGUAGUCUUUUCUCUCUUUCUUUUGAGUAUGAUAUUGUACUAGAAUGUUGUGUGCUGCGCUGUCUGCUUCUUCCAUUGAUAUCUAAUAUCAGAAAUUAUUCUUGUCCUCUAACUUUUUUAAUUGCUAAACCUUUCAAAUCUAUUAUCCCUGUCAGCAUUACUCUUGACGUUCAUUAAACCUAUACUCGUGGAAAUUGCUUUAUUGAAGUUAAAGCAAGAGAUAUCGACUCAGAAGGGAAGAAGAAAAAGAUGGAUUUUCUAAUAACAACAUUAACUAAGAAGCAACAGGUGGACUCCACUAUCAAAGAUACAAUUGAUAAAGUUCUCGUCCUCCGUUUUGGCAGAACCUCAGAUCCUGUGUGUCUCCAGCUUGAUGGGAUUCUAUAUAAAUCAAUGAGGGAGGUGUCAAAGUUUGCAACAAUCGCAUUGGUGGAUAUGGAUUCAGAUGAUAUUCAAGUUUAUGUUAAAUAUUUUGACAUAACUUUGAUUCCCUCCACCGUGUUUUUCUUCAACGCACACCACAUGAAAAUGGAUUGCAGGACUGCAGAUCAUUCCAAGUGGGUUGGUGCCUUCCACAGGAAACAAGACUUUAUUGAUGUUGUUGAGGCAAUUUACAGAGGAGCGAUGAAAGGCAAGCUCAUUGUGCCCUGCCCCUUACCUCCUGAGCGCAUACCGAAAUUUCAGUUACUAUAUAGGGACGUCUAGAAGCUGCUUUACGGCUCACUUCUUUUGAUAAGGUUUUAACAUUUUUCAAUAAUGCCUGUUUUCUAGUCCAUGCAAGAGAUCAAGCUUGAUGUUGAUCAAAAUAUGUGACCUUAUUUUCUGCUCCUACUGCACUAAAUAGAAGGUAUAUUUGAUAUAUUGCAAGAUGUAUGUGCAGACAUUUUUUCUGGAAGAAGAAUUAAAGUUAAAAGGCUAACAGGUGGUAUCCGUUUCUUUCUAAGUUGAUAUUAUUGUUAGAGCAAAAUUUGACCUUCAAAGUUUACUUCUUUUAUGAACAAAAUUUUGACCACUCCUAGAUGCAACGUGUAUUCUAGAUUGCAUUUGCGCUAAUAGAUAUCGUCUUAUCUAUCUCUUAAGCGUUAAAGCAUCUAACUCUCCCAAAUCCAAUUACAAUUUGGAACUAUGGAUUUAUUUUUAAUGCAUUUCAUUUCAAUUCCUUAACUUGCAACUAAUAAAGAAAGGGGGAAAAACACAAAAAGAGAAGAUGCGCAAUCAAAAGUUUGUAUCAGGAAGAAAUACUAGAUCUACCUAUAAGAUCGCUUUUUAUGACUUCAAAUAACAUUUCAUUCCAGGUGUCGACGGGACCAGGCAUGCACCAAUGCAAGCAAUCCUGAGGCGGAGGCUUCCCGUCUGGUCCUCUUUUAGUAAUCUUAUUUGGGUCAGUGUUUCUGUAAGGACCCGGAUGGCCGUCGUGGCGAUAACCGAAAGCUUCUGUAAUGUCCAUCAGUUUUAACCUAGAUUUGUUGGUGAUCGUCUUUGCUGCCCGGCUAAAACCUCAGACUUGUUGAUUGUGCAUUUUGGUGGUGAACUCAUUUUCAAUUAUUUCACCGGUCUUUAUUGGCCAAACUUUUCCGGUGCAUGAUCCUCCGGUAUUCCAAGCUCCUCGUUCAUAAUGAUCAGGCGAGAAGGUGCGGACAAUGGUUAGUCCACAGUAAUUUGGAUGUGUAACAAUGGCAGAAAGAAUAGUUUCGACUGAUAUUCGGAAAGCUUCUACUAAGUCGACUUUCAUUUCGCGAGACUUUGGCCACCAUGAAGGGCUUCCUCCCACAACCGUGUUGUUUAAGACAUACGCAGACUUCCUUCCAAACCAGUGGCCUGAGGAAAGGACAAGUACAUCAAAUUGUGGAAGGAAUUGCAUUAACUGUUCAUCAGGAACAUCAAGUUGAAGGUUAUUUAAUCCAUCAGGAGCAAGAUCAAAUUUGUCUGAUGUCGAAUUUACAAGCCAGGAAGACCAUAUCCGGAUGAUCAUUGUCGAGGUUGAUGCAAACUAGUAUCUCUGCAUUCCAUAGUUCUCUUGAUUUCUUGGAACCUCAGCCUAUAAAGUUAAUCAAUUUUUGGAAGGUAAGUUUUCAACAUCAAUUACUUUGCCUAUUACUGGGCGCAUGAAUCGUGGCUUUUCCGAGUAACCUGCCAGAGAAUGCAGAUCAAGGACUCCAUUUGGUUCCGAGUGAUGGAGUCUCCAACAAAUGCUAAAGUCUUUCCCCUCAUUACAUGAAGGAAUUUCCGGGCAUCAAAUCGGGGAAGAUUGCAAUCGUUAGGUUUCCACCGCCAAUUCUCAUAGUCUUUGUCGGGUCUUCCAUUUCCUUGGCAGUUCUGUGUUUGGGUCAACACAGGACAAGAGUCAUUCUUGUACAAUGGUCCCCGCGAAUCGUACAUCCAUUGCCCGUGGAAGAGACCGCAUUCUGCAACAGGUUCAUGCAUCCGCACGUAAAAAAAGAUGAUGACAAUGUUGGCAAAUGGUCUGCAUUUAGUGAAGGAUAUUUCAUCACUAAGCAGUUACGACGCUAAUUUUACAGCUAGAGUUGUACCUGAAUCCGCUGAAUCGUCCUGUAUUGAGUUGUUUGGAACAGGGGUUGUAGGCUUCACAUAAACUAGAGUCACUUGAUGGCAGCAGUUGAGUUGACUGAUCCUUCUGAUGAUGCUGAGCUACCGAAAAAUGCAUUUCAGCAGUUUCUUGCUGCAUCGAAGGAGUAGUGUUGUUCUUCUGGCCUGCACCGGUUAGGCGAUUCUUGACGCCGUAGAAAAUAUCAUUCCUUGUAAUCCAUGCAGACCAUGAAGAUAUCAUCUGAGACCAAGCAAGAAUCAAGAAAAGAGCGGCCAGACCUCCAAUCCAAACAGCCUUAGAUAAUGGUGUCGCCAGAGAUUGCUUUUUAACCGAAACUACAGGCAUGGCUACUUC